CCCUCUCUGCGACUGGGGCACACCGGCGCCGCACAUCCCCUCCUCUGGGACUCUGCCGCACGUCCCCCUCCGUCUAUGCGACUCGACUUCGACUCUGUGAGACAUAUCUGCCUCACUCCGUCGUUGUCUUCACCGUCUUCACACAGAUCUGCCUCACUUCGGCUUCACUCCGCCGUCGUCGUAUUCACCCUGCCUCUCUUUGUCUUCGUUUUCGUCGUCUUCACUCUGCCUCUUCUCCUUUCUUCGUCUUCACGAGCUCGGCUCGCCAGAAGCUUCUCGAGAGCCGAGCUUCUGGCUAGCCGAGCUCGAGCUUGACUUGUGUAAAACGAGCUCGAAGCCUCCAAAGCCACUGAAGAAGAAAAGCUCCUCCGUGUCUCCUGAAUCGUGAUGUCCAUGUGCCCUCGUCAAGAUUGUUUCUGUGGCCAAGGCUUCUGACUGGAACUGGGUUUCCUAUAAUUCUUCGCAGUCUUUUGGUAAAUUGGUACUUUCUCUUGUAGCAUUGCUUUAUCUACAGUUACAUUGUUCUGUGAAGUCUCUUAUCAUGUUUUUGGGAAGAAAAAAGAAUUGGAGCGUUCGAAGCAUGGUCUCAUGUAACUAGAAUUUCUGCUUUAUGGGUAUGUACCCUUUUAGGAAAAGAUGGUCAUUUAGCUUAGUUUCAAAUUUGGGUUUGUUUCGGAAUCAAGUUUGUUUCAGGGAAAGAUGCUUUUGUAGAAGGUGUAGCUAUGCUUCUGUGGCUUUGUUGUCAGAUUCAUGGGAUGACACUGUGGUUGAUUCUAGUCUAGGUGUUGAGAUAAAUCUAGCAAAUAAAGCUCUUUCUCCGAGAAAAAGGAUAAAAAUUGGUAGAGAAUGCGGGCUAUAUCCGGUUAUAGGGAGAGUUUUGAAGUCUUUGAAUUGGAUGGCUGCGUAUGGAAUUAGUUUUUCAACAGCUGUGGAGAAAUAUGGAUUCUCUCAUUCAUUUGAUGCAUUUAGGAUCAUUGUAUAUAUAUUUGCAUUAGGUAGAAUGGAUAAGGAGGUAUAUUCUUUGCUUAAAGAUAUUGUUUGCUACUAUGAAAAAGGCAACUUUGAUUUGUUUCAUUUGUUCCCUGCAUUACUGGAUUUGCCUAAUGAAAUUGCUGGAGCAAAUAUUUUAUGUGGUACUCUUAUGAAGGUUUUUGCUGCAAAUUCAAUAACUGAUAAUGCAAUUGAUGUGUUUCUGAAGGCUAAGGAAAUUGGAUUAGAACCUAGUAUCUUCUCCUGCAAUUUCUUGCUUAAACACUUGGCAGAAGCAAAUAGAGAGGAAGAUCUUGCAAGUUUAUUUCAAAAAAUAAAGGAGACCGGACCACUGCCUAAUGCACAUACCUAUACCAUCAUGAUGAAUUUUUACUGUACAAGGCAUCAUUGCCUAGGUGAUGUAGAUACUGAAAAGGCCACUGGAAUUCUGGAAGAAAUGAAAGAGAGUGGGGAAAGCCCAAAUGUUGUUACAUAUAGCAUUUAUAUCCGUGGACUUUGUAGAGUUGGAUGUGUUGAAUUUGCCUUAAAUUUGAUCAGAAAUUUGAGACAGAAGAACAUACCCCUCAAUUGUUACUGCUACAAUGCUGUUAUUGAUGGAUUUUUCAAAAGAGGUGAAGAGGAUGAAGCUUUGAGGGUUUUGGAAGAGAUAAAGGCUUGUGGAAUUUCACCCGAUGCAAUUAGUUAUAGCAUCUUGGUUGAUGGAUUAUGCAAAAAUGGAAAUCUUGAGAAAGGUCUUAAUUUAAUUGAGGAAAUGGAAUCCAGUAACAUAAAACCAUCUCUUGUUACCUAUAUCUCACUCUUAAAAGGUUUAUGUAAGAGAGGACUAAUGGAAAUUGCACUCCAGGUGUUUUAUAAUCUUCGGGUUUCUGGUUAUAGGUUUGACCACACUGCUUAUGACAUUUUAAUCAGCGGUUUCUGUGAGCAGGGUGAUUUGGAUACUGCACAAGGACUUUUGGAGGAGAUGACCAGCAAUGACUUGGUUCCUAAUGCUUCUACUUUUAAUAGUCUGAUUAAAGGGUUUUGCAGGAUGGGCUCCUUGGAUAAUGCCUUGGAACUUUUCAAUGUCAUGGUAGAAGGUGGUGUGCUACCGGAUACAGUCACUUGUAAUUUUAUUGUUCACAGGUAUUGCAAGGAAGGGCAUGUGGAAGAUGCUUUGCAACUAAUACAAGAAAUGAGGGACCAAGGCAUUUGCCCUAAUAACUUUACCUAUACUAUAGUUAUUUGCAGGCUGUGUGAAGAAAGAAAACCAGAAGCAGCAUUGCAACUCAUCCCAUUAAUGCUUAAGAGUGGCAUUUCCCUUCACACUGUCACUUACAGCGCUAUUAUAGAUGGUUUUGGUAAACAGUUAAAUUCAGGAAAAGCCUUCAUGUUCUAUGCAGGAAUGUUAAAACACGGGCUUAUUCCUGACACUGUUGCAUAUACAAUUCUCAUCAACACAUUAUGCAAUGAAAGUAGAACAGUUGAAGCUUAUAAUUUGUUUAGGGAAAUGACUUGGAAGGGCUUGGACCCAGAUAUGAUUUCUUAUACAUCAAUUAUUAAUGGAUUCUGCAAAAUUGGAGAUAUGAAAAAGGCAUGCGAAUUGUUAAGAGAAAUGUUGGGGAGAGGCAAACUGCCUAGUGUUGUUACAUAUACUUGUCUAAUCUACGCAUUUUGCGACAACAAUAGGAUGGACAUUGCUCACAUGUUGGUGGACGAAAUGAGAAGAAAGAAAGUCUAUCCUGAUGUUGUGACUUAUAAUGUUCUCAUGAAUGGGCAUCGUAGACUUGGACAUCUGGAUAAAGUUCAUGAGGUGUUCAAAGAAAUGAGGAAGGAGGGCAUUUUUCCCAAUGAUCAAACCUUUAAGAUUCUAGGACUGGAUGCUGCCAUAUUUACAGAAGGUUAAAAGGGCAUCCCCAAUGCAUGAGGCUUCCAGCUUUGCAAGGGUUGGGAGAGUGCUGUUUUGUAAAGCAGCCUUACAUUUGUUUUGCAAAACAGCUGUUUCCACAAUUUGCAUUUGCGACUGGGAGCAACCUUAUUAUUGAAUCCAAGGGUAGCAAGUGGAUAAAAUGAUCUCCGCAAAAUGCAGGUUUCAGGGAAACUUGGAACAGUGACACGCAUUAAUUUGGUCAACUGCUCUGUGCUUGUUAGCUCUUCUUUAAAAAUGAGUUUAUUGCAGCAUUUAUUUGGUGGCUUGAAGCUAAUGAGUUUUUCUUGCAUCCUCUUGAAAGAUACUGCAAUACGCUAAAAGGAUUGUUGCUGCAUGUAAUGGCAAGAUGAUGGUACCUUCUGCAGCUUAUCCUUACAGAGUGUAUAUGCUCAGUUUGCAAAUGCAACCUGGUAAUAACUGGAGAUUGAGCCCAGAUUGUAUGUAUAUCCUCCGUUGGAAAUGCAACCUGAGACAAAUAAUUGAAUGAAGCUUACAAAUGGCAAAGUAUUUGACAAUUUGGAAGGAUAUCGUCCAGUGUAUGGUUCAUGUAGUUGAAGACAUGGAUAGGUCAGGUGUUAUUUUUACUGGGGCUUGCCUCAAUGAAGCCUAGUUUUUCCUUAGGUUCAUCUUGACUUGAGAAAUUGGUUAUUUCACUGCUAUUUCAACCAGUUCCAAGAUUGCAGCACUGAGGUGUGAUCUGGAUGGGGAAUCAACUCAGAAGGAAUAGGGACACCAAUUGGAGAGCAGCUAUAGUUUCCUUGUUCGUACCUAUCUCUGAAUGCAUUGUGCAAUAUUCCUCCUCCUGUUUCAAACAUCCAUAUUUCUCAGUUUGCGAUGUUGGAAACUUCUGUUAUGUCGAUUGCAGUCUUUGGCAGCCCCAUCCUUGGCUGGUUGAAAAGAUGGGUGAGCCGGUGAACGGCUACAGGCACCUUACGGAGGAAAUUCUGAAGCUACACCGUCUCUUUUCCGAGUCAAUGUUGCAGGGGAAGAGAUCAGACUCCGGGGCACCUCAAUAAUGCUGCCAUUCCCGGAUAGAAGUUGAGGUUCUUGGUUGUUUUUGCAGUGAUUUCUUGGUGAAAUAACAAGACCAGGAGAAGGUGAAGCUUGUUUUCGGUGGUUAUGCUUGAUACAAGAUAUUGUGAAUCACAGAUGGUACCUGGCUUAUAUAAUGUCCUGUUUACGGUUUUGUGUAUAAUAUGCUUUGUUGGAUUGGAUAAGGUAACAGUUGAAAAAUAUAUAAUGAAAAUGAUGUGAUUAUAAGGUGUUCUUUGGGGGAUAUUAUUGAUGCGAGUGUAGUAGGAAGUGUUAGAUGAAGCAUUAUUUUGAUGCCAUCACACUAAACAAUUGGAUUAUAAACAAUGUUUUAAUAGUGAGUACAUUUGCAAUAAUGAACUCCCACAGAAAGGGUUGAUUUGG